CCUAUUUCUAUGUUUAUAGAGUUGGGACAUGUUUUUUGGCUCAGAGUGAGCGCUCCUUGGUUUUGUUGGUUUGCUGGGGGCUUGUCAGAGUGAGCGCUUGCUGCUUUGCGAGGAUCUUUGUAAACGGAGCACGGAGAUCAACACAUGGAGCAGAGACGUCAUGUAAACUGUGUUCGUGUCUGUGAUGCUUGAGCCUUGGAGACUAUUUGUCUUUUUACAAAGUAAAAGAAGAACAGUAAAGUCAAGAAAGAAAACCAUGCAUCUUUAUUGGAGGACUUUUAAAUGUUAGCUAACUGUCUAGCUACGCAUAGGGAUACGCGCUGUAAGGGCAGAAUAGUAAAAAGACAAGAGCACGGCGGGUUCAAGUAAUAGUACACUACACAGCCAACAUGAGUCUACGCUCAGGGAAAAACUAUAAUAAUGAAGACACCACUACGCACAAAGAAGCAAGUGGAGAACAGCAAGCAGAGACUGUGGAUCAAACAGCCAAGUGGCAAGAACAUCCUCAAGCCUCUGAUGCUAAGUCAUAUUCAUCCAGAGCAGCCUCUAGAUCGUCUCAGCGAUCAUCAGCAACAAGUUCGUCAGCCACGAAAGCCUAUGCCAAGGCAAAAGCAGCUCAUGCUCAAUUAGCUUAUGCUGAAAAAGAAGCUGACGUGAUGAAACAGAAGGCAGACCUGGAAAAGCAAAAAGCUGACUUUGACGCCAGUCUACAUCUGCUCCAGUGCCAAAGAGCUGCAGCUGCAGCUGAAGCUGAAGCUGCAGUUUAUGAAGAAGCAGAUGCUGAAAGCGUGAAGCUAAGUCGAGAACCCAUUGUUGAAGGUGAGCGCUUCAGUGCAGUCCAACGCACUUCCAAAUAUGUUCAAGCUCAGUCUCAGUACACCUGUUCCGGAACGCAUCAUACACAGGUAGCAGUGGAGGCACAGGAAAGAAAAAUAAAGACGUUUGAACCACCUCAAGCUAAGUCAGUCUACAAAGACUUAAAAAAUGAACCGACAUCAAAUACUUACCCUCACAGUACUCCGAAGCAUGCUGAUCAACAGUAUGAGUCACAAAGUGCACAAGACUUCGCAAGAUACCUCAUCAGAAAAGAAAUGGUGAGUGCAGGUCUUCUUCAAUUCGAUGACAAGCCUGAAAAUUACUGGUCGUGGAAAGCCUCCUUUAUAAGUGCCACUAAGGACUUGAAUCUCACAGCCAGAGAAGAGCUAGAUUUGAUGACUAAGUGGCUAGGGCCCGACUCCAUGCAACAAGCAAAGAGAAUUCGUGCAGUACACGUACUCAAUCCUGCAGCAGGUGUGAACAUGGUCUGGCAACGUCUUGAAGAGUGUUAUGGGGCGCCAGAGGUCAUUGAAGACGCACUGCUCAAGAAAAUAGAACACUUUCCGAAGCUCACCAACAAAGACAAUGCUAAACUGAGAGAACUCGGCGACAUUCUCCUCGAACUUGAGUGUGCUAAGGACGAAGGUGCUCUGCCAGGGCUUUCGUACCUAGAUACAGCUCGUGGGGUAAGAGAAAUAGUGGAAAAGCUUCCCUAUAAUCUGCAAGAGAGGUGGACCAGCAUUGGAAGCAAGUACAAGGAGGAUUACAGAGUAGCCUUCCCUCCUUUCUCUGUAUUCGCCAAGUUUGUCCAGCAACAAGCAAAGAUUAAGAACGAUCCAAGCUUUAUUAUAUCCACACCAAGCAACAAAGCCUCUGUGACUGUACACAAAACAGACAUCCCAGAAGAGCCAGCAGACACCCAAAGCAGUCCUACUUUUAAAAAAUUGGAUGAGCCAGAUCGCCAGUGUCCAAUUCACAAGAAGCCACACCCACUGAAAAAAUGUAAGCUCUUUAGAGAGAAAACUCUUGAAGACCGCAAAGCAUAUCUCAGAGACAAUCGCAUCUGUUAUAGAUGUUGCGGUUCUUUUCAACACAUGGCAAAAGAUUGCAAACUGACUGUCAAAUGCUUCGAGUGCAACAGUGACAGACACAUCGCCGCACUGCAUCCAGGCCCUCCUCCUUUAAACGCUCAGAGUGCUACGGCUGGGAAAGACGAAAGCGGGGAGCAAAGUGAAAGCUCAUCUUCAUCAGUGACCUCAAAGUGUACGGAGGUUUGUGGGGAGGGUUAUAGCUCACGCUCAUGUUCCAAAAUCAUCUUGGUGAAAGCAUAUCCUGCAGGGGAAAAGGAGAAGGCAAUGAAGAUGUAUGCAGUGUUGGACGAACAAAGUAACAAGUCACUAGCCAAGACAGAGUUCUUCAACCUCUUUGAAGUUAAAGGUAACUCCACUCCAUACACCCUGAACACCUGUUCUGGGAAGUCAGAGACUUCAGGUAGGAGAGCCGUUAAUUUUGUCAUUGAGUCUGUGGAGGGGAAAGUACAGCUUCCCUUACCACCCUUAAUUGAGUGUGACAUGGUGCCAGAUGAAAGAGCAGAAAUUCCCUCUCCAGAGAUUGCACUACAUCACCUACACCUACAGCCAGUUGCUAACAAGAUUCAUCCAGUAGAUCAAAACGCUCCUAUCCUUCUGCUCUUAGGGAGAGACAUCCUAAGGGUGCACAAAGUACGUGAGCAAAUCAAUGGACCGCACAAUGCACCUUACGCACAACGGCUAGACCUAGGCUGGGUCAUUGUGGGAGAAGUAUGCUUGGGGAUAGCUCACAGACCAUCAGAGGUCAAUGUCUACAAGACCAACAUACUGCACAACGGUCGCACAUCUUAUCUCAGUCCAUGUCCAAACAGUAUUCAUGUUAAAGAAGACUUCAGUGGCAUGACACAGCAUCCUAGUCUCACCUUUGCACUGCGAUUACAGACAAUCUCGGGUGUUCGGUGUUCGUCAGGUCCAAAGAUGACAACAAGAUCGCACUCUCAAUAGACGACAAA